AUGCGAUUGAAACGCGGUCCAGCGGCGGACACUCCGCGAAACCUCGACAGAAUAAUGCAAAAAAAAAAAUACAACAAAAUACACAAAAUACGAAAACCCCGCACAUUCCGCACAUAUUUUUCGGCUAGUGUAUCUGAUAGAUACAAGCGCGGCAUAAGAAAAAAAAAAAACGCGCGCUUCGGCCAACAUGACGAGACAAAAACAAAGUAUAAUUCGCAUUAUCUGAUGUCCAGACAGCAGCAUAAUCACACGCACACCCCCACACAAAUGUGCCCCAUUCAUAGUCACACAGAUACUUUUUCGCGUCGUUUUGGGUUUUCGUGUUUUGCUCGCCUCAUUCUCAUUCUCAGUCGCAAGUCGCAAGUCUCAAGUCUCAAAACUCAUUCUCGGUUCGAAUCUCAGUUACUCUUGCAGAUAAUCCCCCGCCUAUAUCGGCCAGAUUUUAGGUCCAAUGAAUUCGACUACCAAACGCCAGACCUGUGGCAGUUUAAGCAUCCGCAGUGUGGAGGUUUUGAUCAAUCGCCUAUUGCAAUUCACAGACGAAAAGUGAUUCCUCUUAGCUUGCCUCCUCUGACAUUCGGGUUCUACGACGAGCUCUUUGAUGAUCUGGUGACCGUAAAAAACAGUGGACAUACAGUGGAAUUCAAGGUGCCUUCGACGAUUUAUGGACUUAAACCCUAUGUCAGUGGUGGCUUACUGCAGGAUUUCUACGAAGCUGAAUCCGUGCACUUCCAUUGGGGAUCCCGCAAAUCAAAGGGUUCGGAGCACGUGCUCAAUGGUCAUUAUUAUGACCUGGAAAUGCACAUAGUUCAUCGGAAUACUAAAUAUCUGACUUUUGAUGAGGCACUAAACUACACUGACGGAGUGACUGUGCUGGCGGUGCUCUUUAAGGUCGUAAGGCAUGGUCCUGCAUUCUACCAACCCGGACUUAGGGAGAUCUUCAAUUCAUUGCUCCACUUGAGCAACUUUAGCAGCAGCUACACGGUUGAGGAACACCUCACCCUGGGAUCUAUGCUGGGCAACCUGAACAGGGGCAAUUUCUACACAUACAAGGGAUCCCUGACCACGCCCCCCUGCUCACCGGUGGUCCAGUGGCAUGUGUUCGCCGAGGUGCUGCCCAUUUGGAUACAGGACCUGGCCAAAUUUUGGCUGCUGUUCGACGAGCGGAGGCGUCCGCUGCUCAAUAAUACACGACCGUUGCAGUCGCAGGAAAACCGAUUGAUUUUCCACCGGCAACCCUUCCUGCCGCUGCAGCCGGAGCAAUUGCAAGGACUGAUCUGGGUUUAGCCAGAAAAUUAAACGUAGAAACACCCCUUUAUUCUCAAUAAAAUGUAAAGUAUUCUAUACAGAGCUCGUACGGUUGCUCACAUCAGGGGAAUCGAUGGGUACGUUGCA